AAAAAAACAAAACCACAACUUGAUCCGUUCGCAGUGGCGAAAUCCGACAGACCUCGUCAUAGCAUAAAGUGUCCACGUCUCGGACCUCAAGCUUAAAGGCACAAUUCUAUCGAGGGUUUACCUUCUCUGGAAUAAGGUGAAGAUAUUCCAUACUCCCUUGAGGUUUCAUCUAUAUUGGAGCAUGCGAUAUUACCUUCGCACCCGUGUCUAUGUUGUCCUCCCGAGGUUGCUACCGAAUCCGCCGAGCUACUUGACUCCCAUUUCCUUUCCCGGCCAGCAGCGCACCCGCUAUUCACCGCUCCAGAACCGAACCAGCAUAAUCUGCAGAGGAUAUCCGCCGUGGAUCCUGGGGACCCAGACUUAGAAUCUGUGUUAAAAUAAAAAAGGGUAUUUCUGGGGCCCUUCUUCUAGAGAACCAGGCGUACAUCGCCGGGAAUUCAGCUUCCACCGGAGCUAGUGCAGUUCUUAUUUUAUCUCACAAUAUAUCCGCCCCGUCGGCCACGGUUUUUUUUCUUUGUCCCACCCCAAAGAAGUUGUGAGGAUCAUGGCCCAUCAGGAAGUAGCCUACCGAGCUUCUGCCAUGUCGAACGGAUCCUGGAAUUCCUCCCGCAGCGUCAUUUAUAAUGACAGCAUAUAUCCAGGUAGCACCCGUGAGAACGGGUACUCAAGCUCAAGUGUGAUAUACUCGUCCGGGUGCGGUACAGCAUACAGUUCGCCAGCCAAUGUGUCGAUGAUGGGGACCAGUGGUCCAGUCGGCCGGCAACAGCCUGCAUACUCUUCCUCGCCGGUUUACAUCUCGAGAGCGCAGUCCGGGCCGUAUGGAGCUUCUUCCGGAGGAGCGUAUGGCUCGUACAAUAGCACAGGCUCGCAGGGUUGGGACGGACCGAGCAGAUACUCCCCAACGGAUUCUGUUGAUGAUAUUAUUGCGUCUCCCAGUAUAUCGGAUUAUGCCCUGGAUAAUAAUGGCGGAAGUUCUGCGCCAGCAGCAAAGUCUAAGAGCAGUGGCAAGGGCCGUCCUCAGAGGCGACCCUCUAAUAGAGACGAGUUCGAUGGACCUCAUCAGUACCUAGCGAGGCCCCCAGCGGAUUAUGUGGCUAUGCAGGAGAGGGAGCUUCCUCAUCUCCCUACAAAUCUUUUGGUGCAAGAACAGGAUAGUGUCCUGACGCAAGUCAACGAUCGACUCUCGCAGUGCGCGUUCGACUUUGUUGCAAAAUACCAGUUUCCAAUUCCUUUGACCCAGGAUAUGAGGCCAGUCGAGAGACCACAUGAUAGAGAAUGGACCGAAUGGGUUUACUUACUCAAGCGCCUCGCGACUAAGAGGCGAAUCCCGGCCCGGGUCCUUUAUAACGGACAGAUUAAGCAGUUUGUGACAAUUCUGGAAAAUUCGUUGGAGAUGCGGCAUGCUGCGAAGCAUCAGUCGCGCCCGCUGAAGGAUGACCGGAAUAUCCUCCAACUAAUCAGUGCCGGUAUCCAGGUUGCAAAGAUUCUUAAGGACGCAGCCGCGAUGGAUUACCUGGACAGACUAUACGUUUCAACCGAGCAACAGAUUCAGGAACGAAGCGCAUUGGAAUUAGAAACCAAUGAUAACAACGUUUUACUCUCGAAGCUUUCCAGCGAGCGAGACUUGCCCUCAGGGCCAUUUGGGCAAUGCCUGGGUUUGCCCCCGAAUGAUAUGUUCACACAAAGAUAUGUACGAGACCACUGAUACGUGGGAUGAAAUGACCUGUGAUUUCUUAUGAUUUACUGUCUUCGUCGAUAGCAUAGGGCUGUAUGCGGAGGGGAGGCAUCUGUCUUACUUUUCGAGGCGCGAUACGGUAGUAUCUGAUUCAGUUCUUGGAGCGGCAAUCUCAAGAGUGUUUUUUAUUUUUAUUUUUAUUUUUUGCCGAGUGGGAUAGACUUGUCUCAUUUUCAUGGCAGCGAACGAACAAGAAAAGAAUGGUGAUAUGGGGAUUCAUGUUUUUCACAAUGCUUUCGGGCGGUGAUUUUGGGCGGCCAAAUCAAAAAUGCCAUAGCUGGGAUUGGACGAAUGGACAUUUUUAUUGUACCUAUUGUUGGGCACAAGAUAUGGAAGAACUUGGGUCGAAGAGUCGCACAUCUUAUGCGACAGAUCUCCCGCCCAGCUAUGCAAAUAUGUGGCGGCUUCAAUAUAAUUCGGGCGCACAUCCCUGCAGUCAUACUAAACUUUUCUGCCUCAGGCAGACUUUCAGGCCGUUGUGAGAUGAUAGUUACCUCUUAACUCUUGUGAUGAUGAAUAUAACGAUGGGGUUCGAUCCAGUAAAUCUGAAGGACUCGAUUAUAUAAACU